UGCCAUAGACAACGCAUCCAUUCGUCAGUUUUCGGGCGAGGAGGCAGCGCAAUUCUGUAUUUUAUUGAGCGGACUGCCAAAAAGUGAAAACUGAAAAAUGGCAGAUAGCAUGGGAGCAAGACAGGCUGCCAGGGAGCAUGUUUUGGCUGUCUCCAGGGAUUUCAUAUCGCAGCCGCGAUUGACCUACAAGACAGUAUCUGGUGUCAACGGUCCCCUGGUCAUCCUCGAUGAGGUUAAGUUCCCCAAGUUCUCUGAGAUCGUACAACUGAAGCUUGCCGAUGGCACGCUCCGUUCCGGUCAGGUGCUGGAGGUCAGCGGCUCCAAGGCCGUGGUGCAGGUGUUCGAGGGCACCUCCGGUAUCGACGCCAAGAACACGCUCUGUGAGUUCACUGGUGACAUCCUGCGUACACCAGUCUCAGAGGACAUGUUGGGUCGUGUGUUCAACGGUUCUGGCAAACCCAUCGACAAGGGUCCCCCGAUCCUGGCCGAGGACUUCCUCGACAUUCAGGGCCAGCCCAUUAACCCCUGGUCACGUAUCUACCCGGAGGAGAUGAUUCAGACUGGUAUCUCUGCUAUCGACGUGAUGAACUCCAUCGCUCGCGGGCAGAAGAUCCCCAUCUUCUCAGCCGCUGGGUUGCCGCAUAACGAAAUUGCCGCGCAGAUCUGUCGUCAGGCCGGCCUCGUCAAGCUCCCAGGCAAGAGCGUGCUGGACUCGCACGAAGACAACUUCGCCAUCGUAUUCGCGGCCAUGGGUGUCAACAUGGAGACUGCUCGGUUCUUCAAGCAGGACUUCGAAGAGAAUGGCUCCAUGGAGAACGUGUGCCUGUUCUUGAACUUGGCCAACGAUCCCACCAUCGAGAGAAUCAUCACCCCACGUCUCGCUUUGACCGCUGCUGAGUUCUUGGCUUACCAGUGUGAGAAACACGUGCUGGUAAUCUUGACUGACAUGUCUUCGUACGCCGAGGCCCUGCGUGAGGUGUCCGCCGCCCGUGAGGAGGUGCCCGGACGACGUGGUUUCCCAGGUUACAUGUACACCGAUUUGGCCACCAUCUACGAGCGCGCCGGGCGAGUGGAGGGCCGCAACGGGUCCAUCACACAGAUCCCCAUCCUGACUAUGCCCAAUGACGACAUCACCCAUCCCAUCCCCGAUUUGACUGGUUACAUUACUGAGGGACAGAUCUACGUAGAUCGUCAGCUGCACAACAGACAGAUCUACCCUCCGGUGAACGUGCUCCCGUCCCUGUCUCGUCUCAUGAAGUCCGCCAUCGGCGAGGGCAUGACCCGCAAGGACCACUCCGACGUCUCCAACCAGCUGUACGCGUGCUACGCCAUCGGCAAGGACGUGCAGGCGAUGAAGGCCGUGGUGGGUGAGGAGGCGCUCACGCCCGACGACCUGCUCUACCUCGAGUUCCUCACCAAGUUCGAGAAGAACUUCAUCACCCAGGGUAACUACGAGAACAGAACCGUGUUCGAGUCGCUGGACAUUGGCUGGCAGCUGCUCCGCAUCUUCCCCAAGGAGAUGCUGAAGCGUAUCCCCGCCUCCAUCCUCGCGGAGUUCUACCCCAGGGACGCCCGUCACUAAACCACGCACCCUACACCUGCUACCUUGACGUGUCUAUACGCCGGUCUUCUAACUUUAACACUUUCAAGCGCAGAACGUCUCAUGACGUUCCGAUUCCAAGGUGUCAUACUAUCUAUUAUGAACCAUCAAUGACCCAUGGUCUCUGCCCGUGAAAGGGUUAAUGUGGGACUUUCCAGAUGAAGUUCUUUGAAGGAAACAUAGACAGCGUUGUUGAGUUUAGAAUGCUGUUAAAGUAAGGAAAAGGUAAAAAAAGUGUUGAUAUUCUCUUUGGCCAUAAAGUAUUUGGUUUUUUAUGGACUUUGAAGUUUUGGAUCCUGUUUACCGCUCUAAAAGAACUCAUUUUUUACACAAACUCUUUUUUUACUAUGAUUCAUUUUUAAGCUAUGGUUUACUGACUGUAUGGGCUAUGUUCCCUUUGCCUGUCGGACGGACACAAUAACGAUAAAAAGCUAUGGUUUAUAACAACUUCCUGAACUGAACAACGCCAUCUAAGUGAUUUCUAAAGAACGUAAGCUGGGAAGUUGCUCAUUACGACCAUCAGUGUGUCAUGUGACGGAAAGUUGACAUUGUAUUAUUUAUGGAAAUUGAAUUUUACCGACGUCUAGGCGCGCCGAGAGUGGCGGGAAUGCGCAUUUUAAAUGGUAAAUAAAUAUCUGCCGUUGAAAGUGCGAAUAUACUAGUGGUUUGAUGUCUAUAUACAAAUUAAAUAUAUAUAUAAUUUAUUUAUAGAAAGUUAUCCUUGGAAGAAUGAUUGAAAGCUGUCAGAAUUUAAUUAAUUUAUUCAUCGUUUGAUUCCAAUAUUUUUUACUUUUUAAAGAACAUUACUUGGCAUUUUGUGAUAAUUGUUUUGAGAUUGUACCCAGCCAAGUACGCAUCAAACCACUGUAUUCUGUAAGAUAAUAUUGUUUACUAUAGUAAGUUGUUAAUAGUUUAUUAAUGUAUUACAUGUAUUACGAUCAAGUUAACAAAAUUAUAAAAAAUCGUGUUGCUAUUUCAUAAUUUAAACGUAGGAAAAGUGGCAAUGGAAACCGCUUUUCUGAACAUACAGCCAUAGGUGUUACUAUACGAAAAAAAAAUGCCGUCUUUAUGUAUAUAUUUUCCAUGUAGAUUGUUAGACAUGAAAUAUAUUUUUGAAUAGACGCAGUUCUUUUUUUUUGGUGCUUUCACGUUUAUAAGACAAUAUGAUGCAAUAUUCGAUGUUAUUUUGUGCACAAACUGUUGUUGAAUGUGUUCAGAAUAGUGUAUUUAUUGGAAUUAAAUGUAAAUUCAAAAGCUAAACGAAGUUUGUCGGGUCUAAUGUAGCUUUAAAAUUAUAAUAUUAAAUAAAUAAAUAUUAUAAAGAACUUAAAGUCGAUACUUCUUUAUUAUAACACCAAUUUAGUAGCUACAUUUUAGAUUAAAGUUAUCAUAACAUUCACACCCGACGAACACUUUGCUCUAUUGAUGUAAAUACUAUAUAACCACGUAACCAUGGUUACAUUCCAAGAAUCAUAGCGUCCUCACAACCGGAGCUAGGUGUACUCAGUGAUAGGUACUGUUGUUUUGAAUGGAAAUAAAUAAAUAUAGAAGUUAA